AUGUCUGGCCAAUCUGUCUUGAUCACCGGAGCUACCGGCUUUCUGGGCUUCCGCGCCCUCAUCUUUGCUCUCGAAGCCGGAUACCGCGUCCGCGUAGCUGUGCGCAAGCAGGAGGGCUUCGAAAAGAUCAAGUCCAUAGCCCCGGUCACCCAGUACACCACGCAGCUGGAGUCGGUCAUCGUUCCCGAUAUCACAGCUCCUGGCGCCUAUGAUGAGGCCGUCCAGGGCGUAGACCACGUCGUCCACAUCGCCUCCCCCGUUCCAAGCCCGGCAAUCACCUCGGACUUCGACAAGCUCAUUGUUCAACCGGCAGUGCAGGGGACCCUUACCAUGCUUGAGGCAGCCUACAAGGCGCCUGGUGUCAAGAAGGUGGUCAUCACCUCAUCCGUAGGAGCAAUCAUUCCACUAGGUACCGUGGCAGCCCCGCCCAGCGGUACUGUCUACAACGAGAAGAGCAGACUCGAGAAUCCCACCGAUCCUCUCGACAACCCCUUCACGGCGUACUUCGCGAGCAAGGUGAUGGCGCUGAACGCUGCGGAAGCCUGGAUCAAGGAGAAGAACCCGUCGUUCGACGUGGUCCACGUUGCGCCGGGAUAUCUAGUGGGUCGUGACCCUCUCCUGCGAGAACCCAAUGACUUUGUCACGGGCUCCAACGGCUUCCUCAUGAGGCAGCUAUUGCUCGGCCCCGACCCAUACCCGGUUGCUUCUCUGAUCGUUCACGUCGACGAUGCUGCCCGCGUUCAUGUCAAGGCUCUUGACCCUUCAAUCAAGGGAAACCGUCUCUUCCCGGUCUUCACCCAGUGCCCCGAGGGACCUGACUGGGACGAUGUCCUCGAGAUCGCCAAGAGGCGAUAUCCCAAGCAGGUCGCGGACGGGACAUUCAAGGUUGAUGCUGGCACAAAGACUCAACAUAUCAAGGCCGAUGCCAGCUACACCGAGCAGACAUUUGGCUUCAAGGCCAAGUCCUUCGAGGAGGCGGCUGUGAGCCUGAUGGAUCAGUACGUGGAGUUGAUUGGGAAGCAAUAG